AUGGUUGAACGAGGUGAUUUCUGGGACGACAGCAUCUGCUUCGACGCCGCCAUCGACGGACUACUCCUGCAGCAAGACCACCCUUUACAUGACAGCACCUUCCUGGACCAGCAUGCUCUGGGGACCUUCAAUCUCGCCGCGUCACCAAGAAAGGCAAAGCGUCGUCGACCAAACGCUGUCAAGGACGAACUCGCGACAUUGCGGAGGACGUUCGACGACCUCACACGGCAGCUACAAGCUCUCACAGACGUUCAUUCGACCACUACUCCAUUGAAGCAUGCUAUGGCGAUAUGGGCGGCCGCAGCCCGUCACGAACGGAUCGAAGCACGAAGAGCCAAGGACGAGAACCACGCGCUCCGCACCGCCGUCAACGACCGCGCCGAGUCCAUCGAGCACCUCCGGCGCAUCUUCCUCAAGAAAAUCAAUCGAUUCACGAGCAAUCUCAUGCCAUUUCUUUCCGACCACCUUUGGAGGCAGUUCCACCUUCCCGUGGAUCCGGUGCAUCGGAUUGCCGCCAUCCACGCCAUUUCAGAUCGACAACGCCGCCGGCAUGUCCAAAUAUUGAUCCAAGCGGGCAUCCUCGACCAAGAAACCGACUUGUACGCGGCGACGCCCAUCACAUUGGCCGACAACCGCCCCGGAUUGCAAGUCAUCAACCACGUGAAUCUCCCGAUUCCACACCACGUAGCCGCGACGGCAUGCUGGGACGCGGUCGGGGGUGGCCCGCGGCGGCCGCCAUUGCCCUCUCAUGCGCAUGAAACGCUGGAACGAAUUGACGACCACACAAUCUACGAACGAUUCAAUCAGCUACAAUCACUGGACGAGCGCCUCGUGUCCAACACGAUCCGAAAGCUGUUUCGAGGCCCGGACAAGGACGUGGUGAUCUGCCGCACGGUGCUCCACGACGCCGCGUACCCCGUGGACACUGCCACUCCGACAUUGGUCGACGACAUGGCCGGAUGGAUGGUGGCGAGGCCGCAUCCGGACGCCCCAUCCGCCAUGUGUCGCUUCACUAGCGUGUUUCAAGUUCCCUUGGAAGCUCAUGGAGCGAGCAUGAGCACGCCACCAACACAUUACGACAUGGAAGAGAUCAUAUCGGUCUUGCACACGAUGUCGUUUGUGUCGUCGGCCCAACCGACGCCACGCACGACCAUGCACAUCCAGCAUGCCCAGACGCUGGACUUGACUGCGAUCUCCACGCCCGUGCCCAGCAUGGGCACAUUCCUCCCGCGGGGGAAGGACUUUGAACUGGCCAUCAAAGCGUCGCUGAAUGCUGCCAUCGCGACCGCUCAUGCCGGAGCGCGCCCUCGCCACCCAACGCAGAACCCGCUACGGCCAGGCGACCUUAAACACAGUAAUCUAAAAUGAGU